GUAGUAGUAGUGGUGGUGAUGUGAGCUUUAAGCCGAGGAGGGGGCAAUACGAAAGGAUGGGAUGGAUGAACGGGAAAGGAAAGCAAAAGGAAGAGAGAAAAGAAAAAAGGAAGAGAGCAAGAUGUUGAAUGCUGACCCAGGGAAGAGGAAGAGAAGAAGAAGAGGAGGAGGGGGAGGGAGAGAGGGAGGCGUUGAGAAGAGGGAGGAGGAGAGAAGGAAGAGAGAAAAAGAAUGGUAGGAGGAGGGGGGAUGUUGAAUGG